AUGGAGAAACCGAAGUUCAAAGUCAUCAUUGUUGGAGGGUCUAUUUCUGGUUUGACUUUGGCACAUUGUCUGGCCAAAGCAGAUAUCGACCACAUCAUACUUGAAAAACGAGCUGAGAUCGCUCCCCAGGAAGGUGCUUUUAUUGGAAUUUGGCCGAAUGGAGCCCGGAUCUUACAACAACUUGGGGUUUACGGUAGCCUUGAGAAGCUCACCGCACCGCUAAGCCGGAUGCACAUCUCCUUCCCCGAUGGAUUCUCAUUCAGCAGUUUGCUACCCAAGAAAGUCCACGAAAGUUUCGGUUACCCUAUAAUUUCCCUUGAUCGCCAGAAAGUUCUUGAAAUUUUGUUCAAAAGUUAUCCAACAAGAUCGAAUAUCAUUACCAAUAAGCGCGUAUCGGAAGUACGUCUCAGGGCAGACAGCGCGAGUGUAUUGACGGAUGACGGCGACGUAUUCGAAGCCGAUCUUGUUGUGGGUGCAGAUGGCGUCCAUAGUCACACCAGGUCAGAGAUGUGGCGGCUGGCAGAUGCUAUGGAUCCUGGGUAUAUCUCGCACAGCGAAAAGAAAGGUUUUACGGUUGAAUAUACGUGCGUGUUUGGGAUAUCGAAUCCGAUACCCGGUCUCGAAACUGGAGAGCAUAUCAACCGGUAUGGAGAUAAAUUCUCUGUGAUCACAUUCCACGGAAAAGAUGGACGAGUAUUUUGGUUUAUAAUCCACAAACUUGAUCAUGCUUACGUCUACCCCCAUGCCCCUCGUUAUUCUCCCGAGGAUGCCGCACAUCUUUGUGCCGAGCUGGCUAAUGUUUCCAUUCUGGGUGAUAUCUCUGUUGGGCAUCUCUGGAAGAGUCGGAUUGUUGCAUCAAUGACUGCGCUUGAGGAAGGCCUACUCGAAACCUGGCAUUUCAAUCGCAUAGUUCUUCUUGGGGACAGUGUGCACAAGAUGACGCCAAACAUUGGACAGGGAGCAAACACAGCCAUUGAGGAUGCUGCUGUUCUAGCCUCACUGAUUCACCGGCUUGUCCAGUUGGGAGGUAUUCCCAGUAUAUCCGAGGCUCACAUUGAAUCAAUGCUUCUGGAGUAUCGAGGCUUGCGAUACGACCGUGCAAAGAGCACAUACGAGCGAUCUAGAUUUGGAGCUCGUUUCCAUACGCGGGAUGACUGGGCUAAGGCCUUCGCUGGUCGUUACGUCUUUCCUUACAUAGGUGGCAUUGUAGAAAGGGGAACCGCUAAGGUUCUGGCCCGGGGGAAAUGGUUGAUUUCCUUCCAUUUCCUGAACGAUCCGGACCAGGUUGGAUUCAAAAAUCUUCCAAGGUGCAGACAACCACACAGCUACCGUGGAGACUGCUAUUGA